AUGCAAUCCCACUCUGACAAGCUAAGCCCCCGAGAGACCCGCCCCCUGGACUACAUUUCACAGUUCACUUCAGACAUCCGCCAUAUUGACGGGUCACGGAAUGAGGUGGCUGACGCGCUCUCCAGGCCCUCUACCGCUCAUCUUCAGCUUUCAUCCGGGAUAGACCUCACUGAGAUGGCCGCUGAAGAACGCCGUGCCGGUUCACCCUGCGAUGAGGAUGUUUCCGAACUCCAACUUCAGGAACUAUCACUGACAACUGGCAACGGCACCAUUUUAUGCAACGUAUCCACCCCUUCCCAUCGUCCAUUUGUGCCACCAUCCUCCUCCCUGCACAAUCUCUCUAACCCUGGGAGGCUAGCAAACGACAAGCUGGCUUCCGACCGCUUCGUCUGGCCUGGGAUUCACCAAGACCUCAAAGCAUGGACACGGACUUCUAGCGCCUGUCAACGGAGUAAGAUUCAGCGGCACAACAAGACCCCUAUUGACACCUUCCCCGGCCCUCGUUCAAGGUUGAGCCACGUUCACCUGGACAUUGUAGGCCCCCUGCCUCUGUCCAAUGAUUGCUCCUAUCUCCUCACCGGUUCACUCGGUGGCCUGAAGCAAUUCCCCUGCCUGACAUUGCUGCUCCAACGGUGGUCAGGGCUUUUCUCAGUUGUUGGGUUGCUAUCUUUGGUGCACCCUCCACAAUCACGACUGAUAGUUGUGCCCAGUUUGAGUCUAACCUCUUCCAGUCUUUACCCUCCUUUUUAGGCUGCACUCGCAUCCGGACAACAGCCUUUCACCCGGCUGCUAACGGGAUGGUCGAGCGGUUUCACCGUCAGCUGAAGGCCUCCCUAAGCGCCGCGGCCGUUCCGUAGAACUGGACGGACCACCUUCCCCUGGCCCCCUUGGGCAUCCGCUCCGCUAUCAAGCCGGACCUUGACUGUUCCGCAGCUGAACUGGUGUUCGGCGCCACCGUCCGACUCCCCGGUGAGAUGAUCUCGCCAACCCCCCGAGGCGCAGUCUAGGAUCCCAUCAACCUCCUACAUCACCUCCGGCAGUUUAUGCGGACAAUUUCUCCGUUUCCUCCCAGGUCCUCCGCCUCUCCGUCUUAUCUCGAGAAGGACAUGGCAAAGUGCUUGCACGUCUACCUCCGAUGUGAUCGAGUCCGUCGGCCUCUGGAGCCGCCCUAUGACGGCCCAUUCCGAGUGCUCUGUCGCGGGAUGAAGACUUUCCGCAUUCAACGCGACAAUCGUGAUGAGGUAGUGAUUGUGGAUCGCCUCAAGGCCCUUUGGUCCUCUACAUUCUGCUUCCACACCUGUAGCCUCUAUUCCACCGUCCCGUAUUUUCCCUCUGCCCUCCUGUCCGCUACCUACGACUGCCACCACCAACUCCAACUCUUCCGCCACCAGAUUUAUUCACUCUUCUGCGGACCCUGUAUAUAUCACUCUCAGUGGUCGUCAUGUACACUUUCCUGAUCGGUUGGUCAUUCAUUUCUUUUAGACUUGUACAUAUCCUUCGGCGUCGUUUUCGCCGCCCUCCGGUCUCGGAGGGGGAACUGUGCCGAGGCGCCAGACUAUUUUGCAUUUCCGUACCUGUUCUUCAUUCUUGAACUUACUGGUUGUUUAACUGAACAACUGAACACAACAGGACGUGACGCGCAGGGCAUGUGUUGGACAGUCAGGUCGUUUGAAUUUUGAUUGUUAAUUCUUUUGUAACUCUGAUCUUAUCCUGAUAUCCAUAGCCUGGGAUUGACGGUUCUGUCCUUAGCGCUCGCGAUAACAGUUCCUAUUGUCUAUGUACUCUGUCAAGUGUUUGUGGUGAACCCUGUCCAUGACAUUCUUUCGCUGGUUCUUUACAGAGCAAUGGAGCACCGAGGGGUCAGUGAUUUUUAAAGGCAUCUAGGAAAAACUUUAUUUAAAACCUCGAGGGCGAGAGCGCGAUAAUUAAUGUCUCAUGUCCACAGUGGCUUCGUGAUUCCACAGCCCAAAAACUGCGCAGUCAGUCUUGGACUGGAGCGAGCACACAGAGGGCUAACGGUUGUGAACAAGGACACAUUAACGAAGAAAAAGGAGUUAGUGUGAUGUGGACUCUUAGCCAGCUGUUACAUGAUGUUUUAACACUGUUAUUCUGUAGAUCGGUCGAUUGUGGCAGAGUUCCUCCCAGGUCGGUGGAUUGAUUUGUUGAUCCUAAAAAGAGGUCGGCAGGACGUAUUCGUAGCGUGUGUCUCAAUUAUCGUUCCCUGCCCAAGUAGACUUGCCUAUCUACGUCAUCACCAGGUCGCAACAAGUAUUGGAGUGAUGGGUAGGUGGUGGGGGAGGAGAGAGCACAUUGGGUCUAACUGUCGAGAACAGUGACACAAGGAUAAAGAAGCAGGAAUUGAUGUCACCAGCAAGUUUUCCAAUCUCUCAGUCAACUGCUACACAUGUCUGAUUAGAACUGCCUGAUGAUUCGACGCUCCUGGAGUGCUUGUCUUCUCCAGGACGCAGAAAAUAACAUCAGAAUGCUCAAAACAUCCGCAUCGACCACAAUCCAAGAUAAUGGUUUGUCUGGAUUUCAGCCGUUGUAUUACUCGGCUAGGAGGAGAUUGGUUCAACGACAGGCUUCCUGGAGCAGCAUCUAUCCCGGAGCCUGCAUCCGGUAAUCGCGGCUAAGUAAACAAUACUACUGUUUGUAGUACUUUUAUUGGCGAGCAUCCAGAGAACAGUACCAGUCCAAAGUGAGCACUGAUUUAAAUGGCGAAGGAUGCAACCGUAGAAUGGAAUUCGCAAGGGGAUUUGUUACCUAUCUGAUGAAAGGUGUCAAAAGGUACGAAUGAUCGUUAAUCACUCGCAAACUGACAUUAGACCAUGGACUCCAUAUCUAGACUAAUAAAUGCUAGCUUUAAGGGAAUCGAAGACGUAAAAUAAACAUAAAAGGCAAUAUUAACUUGUUUAGAAGUAUCAUUUUCGUCGAGAAAGCAGAAAAUUCAAAAAAAACGUCCGAGACGGUUGUAAUUUAGUAUAUUUCGUAUUCCAAUGCUCGCGAAUUGACUAAACAUGACCGCGUAAAUAAAAUGACAUUUAGUGAAAUUUACAGCAAAAUAUUUUUAAGACUUUGUAUAAUACCGGUAUGCCGGUUUACCAACAGCCCACAUUCUGCGUAUAUUUUCCAAAACGGUAUUCAGAGAAUUCGGGAAAAAUUGUUGCGUGUUUGCAUUGACUGAGAUACAGUUUAAUAAGGCAAAAUGAUUUUGCUUAAUCUCGCCGAUAAGGACGCCAUAGAAAUGGAAACUUCCAUAAGGUAACUUGCUGUCGGUGAAUCAUCAGUUUAAAUAGAUUUAACGGAUGCAGCCAUAAACUGACCAUUUAGAAUAUGUCAAAAGAAUUUUCCUUUCGUAAAAUCAGUUGGCACUUAUUCCUCGUUCCGGAUCACCUUGAGUUUCAGAUGGCCCUUGAGAUUUCGCUGAAUACUUCGUGAUUUUCAGUGUUUUAAAUCGACUUUCCAUAACGACAGGUUCUGUAUUAUUUGCUCAAUCAAACCUUUGAAAUAAGAUACGUCUUGAAGGCAUUUACCGCAGUAGAGAGAGUUUAGUUGUACUUUUUCAUUUAGAUUUUCGUUUGGGUCAAAUUGGAAGACUCAUUCAAACCCGAAACCUCACUGGCGGAAAAAAUAAAUGUUCACAAAAAAGGCAAAAUCAGAUAUGCUUUCGAUUCAUUAGAAAACCUUCUCUAAUAUGUCACCUGUUUAAGGAUCGUCUCAAGAAGGCCGUCUGCCAGCGAUUGUCUGAGUACUUUAUGAUUUUGCAGUUUGUUGAAAAAAUAUCGCUAUUUUCUACCGCAGAAGUGAGAAUGUGGUUUUCUCAUUUUAUUGUGUCCAUUUUCACUGUAGUUGCUAAAUUUCAGGUUCCGCUCUACGGUUAUGAAUGCCAGACGGCCUGGCCAUAUAAAUACUGAAACUGCCAAUAGAAGCGAAGAGCCGAGUCCCAGGCCAUCAAGCAAUGAUCACCCCAAGUGUGACAAUCCCGGAUGAAGGGGGAAGCCGUGAACGUUCAUAGGCAUGCGGUAGCAUGGCUGCUGCAUCCUAUAAAUACCGCAGCCCCUUGUGCAACAACCACCCGUUUCUGCUCUUUUGUCUCUGAUGAUGGAUCCGAGUAGGAAUCCGAAACGUCAGGCUAAUAAAGCUCUUGUCCCGGCGAUCGUGUCUCCUUCUUCAAUACUGAAACUGUUAAUGCUUUUCUCAUUCCAUUGCUAAAUUACAUACGUAGAGAAGCAAGGCCGCACGAGCUGUAAUGUUCCAUAUGUUCAAAACUCGAAACGACUAUUCGGUGGUAGUCAAUUCUGUGUCAACUCGUAUGACUUCAAAUGGCAAAAUGGCAUUGAUCCAUGCCAGUGUUCGUUAUUACUGCACUUCAGAACACGAAAUCGCACGGACUUGCAAAGCUGACUUUUAAAACUAAACAAAACGUGCUAUUGUCCAAAAUGACUACUUGAGUAGCAUUAACUUUUCGUAGGUUUUCCACGCCCCUCUAAAUUCAAGUUUAUAUAUACAGGAAACAUGUACAAAACAUAUUCUUUCUAGUACUCAUUUGGAAGAAAGUUACGAUUUCUUCCGAUUGUAUAUUUUAAGAAAUAGUAUCAUUUUGAACCGGACCUGUCGUCUCCCUCGCAUUUAGGGCUUCAAAACUACAAGAUGCAUGAUUUUUACAACAGGGAAAAUACACAUUUCUAUGUCCUCCCAAGACGAAGCCAUCUGGCUUUCAUGAAAUUUUGCAGGGGAUUUGAUUCACUAUUAGCACUAACAAACGAGGAGAUACAGUGGUUUAUGAAAAUACAUUUCACAAUUUUAAAAAAUCUUAGAGUUAUAAACGGUAAUCAACCUAGUGAUACUCUUUUCUAAGCAUGAAGUUCAAAGAAAUAAUUCUCCACAUAAUGAGUAAAAGAACGAUGAGUUUGAGUGUUUUUUCUGAGACACAUAUUGGAAUUAAUGAGGGCAGCGGAAAUCAAGUUGAGAAAUCCAUACUAAUCGACUAGUUAUUUUUCCUGAGUUCACUUUAUCCGGUCGGCACUAACGAAGCUCUUUCAAAAGCUGGCAUGCUUAUAUGAUUGAAAUGUUUUGGCAUUCCGCAACAAAAUCUCUAAUCAUGCAAUCCUAAUUUAGUCAAAUUUUCGCAUCGAAAACACCCCAAAACAUUCCGUGGGGUAGAAGAGCCUUCUAUCAAAAGCUGAUAUAGACAGAAUGUUUAGAGGUAGCAGGGAAGAACAGAUGAAUAUUAAGGGAGUGUUGCGAAUUUCAUAAAAAACGACUAACAGGUGGAGUGGUGGAAAUCUCUCGAAAGAUGUUUAAUCAGGAAAAGGAUACGGAAAUCAGCCCUCAGCUAAGGGACUCACGGAAAUUUAAAGCUAUUCAGUUAGUCAUGGUUGAGGAGGAAGAAUACGGAUACGUCAAUUAGAACUGAAUUCUAGUAAAAUACGUUUACAAUAUUAAAAGGACUAAAUACGCUCUCUAAACCGAUGAACGCCACAAGCAAGGAACUUUACCUCAGGCAUUUCUCAUCGUUCCUGCAUGAAGUAAAAACCGCAAAAUAUCAGGCCUGUCCACCUAAUUCCUCAUCAACUGAAUCCCCUCCUCUACGGUUCACACUACUUCUAUUCCGUAACACGUGACCACCACCUGACGCAACAACCGUCAGUGGGCAUCCGCGUGGUUGGUCGGGCUCAAGAUCGCACGAAACCAAUCAAUAAAUUUAAACCUUGAACUGCGUCACAAAGCAACUCGACAACUUACGAUAUGCUGAGUCCGUCCAAACUCUUGUGCCGUUACAUUCAGUGGUGGAACCAGGAUCCACAUGCAGCUGGAUCUUCAAUAUUGCCCUAUGAACAGGGCAUGUUCAAUCAGAAUAGGGACGGUACCUCGUAUUCAGAUAGCAGUAAGUCCAUUUCUUGUAUCUUUCAAGAUUCAUUCUUUUUUUCAUCUCCUCGUCUACAACACCUAAGCAAUAAUGUGAGUCCCUAUAAUUGAAGUAAUUCGAGUAAGUAUAAAUAAGGUAUAUGCAUCGCACAAGGUUUUAUGCAUGCAUGUUCUAUCUUGCAUUGACCCAUCCUUGUAACCGACUUGAUUUAUUUAAGCCAGCUAAGCAUCACUUAUACAGUACGCACGACCGAGGAUUAGGCAUGACCUUGGGCGUAAAGAAGCAUUAUUUUAGGUUAUUGGUGUCGGCUUUCAUGAAUGCAUUUUAACUCAUGACUUUCUUUCUAUAAGUAGAUCAGAUUUCACUUAAUCGUCUUUAUUGAACUUUUCUUCUAGUUCCUAGUGUAUCACAGUCAAAUACGUACAAAUGGCCAAAUUGCGCAACUGCCGUCAGCACACUUAGCGUAGCAUCGUCAUCUACAACUCCCAUGACUUUUAAGGACACUAGAAAUGCGGAGGGUAAGGACGAUUCUAGCAUUCAACAGGACAUAAGCUUCAAUUCUGUUACAUCCAUAUGGACAACUGGCACCGAGCACACAGCUGUCCGAUGGAGAUCAGCUCCCUCUAGACUAGGUGAGAAAAUCUCCCAGGCAACAAGUUUGGAAUAUGUCAGUCGCUUGAGCCUCACAAGUGAAGAAGACCUUCGCACUCUGGAAGCUAAUUCAACUCCCAUAACGCAUCCAUCAAAUACCGCGCAUCAUAAGGAGUCGGAAGGUGAAGUGGAUAGUGUAUCAGCAGCCGGUUCAAACAGCUCCAUUUCAUCAAUAUCGUCCUCAUCCUCAACCCCCAAACUUGAUUCGCCACAAAGGGACCUGGACCCGCGACGAUAGCAUUUACUGCGUUGAAUCCCCGUCCGACUCCACAUCCGCGAUCUCGCAGGUUGGCUCUGGGACAAUCCCAACCAGCAGCCAUGUCGCCGCUGUCACCUCCUUCACAGCCGCAGCCACCAACACCACCACUGCCGCUGUUGUCACCAAUGCGAUCAAGGAAGUCGCCACUCCCACAUUCUCCACCACCUCAUCCGUUCACGGCGCCGAUUUCACCGUCACCAAAUCUACCGCCAACGUUUCCCUGUCUGCUGGACUUGGAGUCGUGCAGACCAUCGACGCCACCACAACGGCCUCGCCCACGGCCGCGACACUCGGCCACCCCGACACUCCCAACGCCACCCAAUCCGUUCUCCGCACUGGCACACCCACCACCACUUCCAACACCACCGCCAUCAGGAUGGUUGACAUUGAAGCGGGUGGAGACAGUAGCGUCUACAGAAGACUGCACGCCUCCGUCUCCGUCUCCGACGCCGUCCCCUGCCGUCUCCCCGACUCCGUCUCAACUCCUAAAUGCACUGAUUGCGUGGCCGUCGCUGUCGCCGUCGUCGCCGAAAACCUCAACCCCAUUGACACAACCGCCGGAACCCUUGUCGACGCUGACCCCUUCCCCACAACUUUCCCUUCCACAGUCUCAAAUCCCAGAGGUGUUGAAGGGGUUGAGUCCAUUGCCAUUAUCAACCCAACCCUCCCCAUCACCAGAACUGUUGACAACGUCUACCUCGUCUCCACUAUCAUCAUCCUCAUCACCCUCCACGCUGCUGGUGCCGUUGAAGACGUUGACGGGACCGCCGCCGCCCUCAUCGCCGCCACCACCCCUAUUCAUUUCGCGUCUCUCGCCUGCCGAUGA